AUGCUAGAAAGUAUGACUUCAACAAACCUUUAUGAAUUCUGGAUCCUUAUCAAAGUGAGCGAAACGCAUCUGAAUUGUUUGCUCGACCCUUUGUGGUAUCUCUGCGAUUCUCAACAGCGUUCUUCAGCUGCAUUUCAAGCUGACGGAACUCCUUUGCAACCUCAUUCAAGGUCCUAUAACACUCCAAAUACUCCGGGUACUCGUGUUGGAAAAGAGCAAAGUAUUUUUCAGCUUCUUGUACAUUUUUAAUCUCGCCGUAACUUUUAUCCCAAUCACACGAAGGUUGAGUAGGUGAUGAUAAACUACAGGGUGAGCUAAGACGUGACGAUGCCGUACUACCGCCCGAACGAGCAGCUAGCUUCUGAAGCAGUACACUUGUAGAAAAUACCCACCGCUUGAGAAUGUUCUACGUUCCAAAAACCGUGGCACAAAAAGGACCCCUACAAUUAGUCAAUACCAAAAGCAACUAGGCAACACUAACCUGAUUAUGUUGCGGAUGGUUAGUAGGAUCUUCUGGUGGACUAGCACUUUCUUGACGCGGCCGUUUCCCGUCGUUUGGACGCUGUUGAUUCGAUACCGGAACAUGAGCCUUACGCUUGUUUGCAGAUGGCACUUCAGGUUGGUGAGGAGGACUCCGAUUGAUCGAAGGUGUUUGUUCCCGGCUUCCAUUCAACACCGUGGUAUUCGGAUUUUUGGGUGGCGGUGUUUUCCGAAUCGGAGCUGACACAGCUGAGGCUGGUCUUGAAUUCGGUGGUGUUGGAAUGGCUUCAGGACUGACAGUCUGACCCGAUGAAUUAGAGCUCGAAGAUGAAUGACCCGGAGCCUGCAUACGUUCCAUGCCACUUUUCCGCAUUGGUGCGAAAGUAGUGCUUUUCGUUUGAGACGACGAUAAGCCUUGAGUGACCCGACGUACAUAGGCUUUUUCUUCUUGGUUAUACCAUAACCAUCGAGUAUCCACCUCACCAUAAAGCGAUGGCUUAAGAGUGAUUUUUGUCGAACCGCUACCAGACGGUUCAGACACUUCGCGUACAAUGUCUUCGACACGACGCUCAAUACCCGCUUCUUCAUUCAAUCCAUCUUUACGCAGUUGACGUAGGACUAGAUCGGCACCAGAAAAUUUUCCCAACACGACUAGCUGAAUUAUCCGCUGACGUAGCUUCUUCUUCCGCAACUCGCUAUUAAGGUGUUGCGUAGGCGUCGCUCGAGCUGUUCCCGAAGAUCCGCCAUUUUGUAAUGAAGCAUUGCCGUUGGUACCCGUAGAAUUGGCAAACUUGUUGGGACUGCUACGAGAGGAGGAACUGUCGAGUGUUCUCAGUAGAGGUGAGACAUUUUGUGAUGAAGAGGCUGAACCGAGACGUGGCGUACCCGUUUUAA